CGUACUUUUUGCAACAGAUUUUCAAUAACAGUGCAGUUUCAGACUUUAAGUGAAGCAUAACUUGCGUGAAAUGUUUAAUUUAUUAUAUUUUAUUUUUAUUAUAAUCAGUAUAAUCCUAAGCGUACUUUUAGGACUCUAUGUCUAUUUAACAUGGCAUUUUGAUUAUUGGAUAAAAAGAAAAAUACCAGGACCCAAGCCAAGAGCACUGUAUGGUACUUUUCCAGGUACCAUAGAUGGCAAAAGGAAUUUCAUAUAUGAUUUAGAUGAGAUUUAUAGACAAUUCAAAAACAAAGCCAAUUUUGUGGGUGUUUUUAUGACCAGAAGUCCCCAGUUAAUGAUCUUAGAUCCUGAAUUGUGUAAAGAAAUUUUGAUAACAAAUUUUAAAUGUUUUCAAGAAAAUGAAUCUUCUAUAAGGACAGAUCGUGUUAGAGAACCAAUAUCUGGCAGUAAUCCCUUUGUUUUACCCUUUGAUGAAUGGAAGGUAAAAAGAGCAGAAAUAGUACCAGGAGUUACCUCAUCUAAGAUAAAAGGCAUGUUCCCGAUUAUUGACAAUGUCUGUACAAAAUUUAGAGAAUAUUUGAAAAAUGAAAUAAAAAAUGGUACCAAGACCUUAAAUGCUAAGGAGGUGGCCCUAAAAUAUACUGGCGAUGUGGUGGCCGAUGUGAUAUGGGGUAUAGACGCUGAAAAUCUAUCCACCACUAAAGAUGUCUCUCAAGAGAAAUCCUCUAUAUUUAACAUGUCUAAAACAAUGAUCGCUCAAAAUUUCCAUGCCUUUAAUUACUAUUUCAUAGCUAGAAUAUUUCCCAUUAUACGGCGAUUUUACUAUGUGCGCUUUUUUCCCGAAAUAACAGAUCGUUUCUUUACGAAACUAUCACGGUCUGCUGUGGAGCUAAGACAGGUUCAAGAAAAUAACACUAGACAAGAUUUUCUACAAUAUAUGGUGGAGUUAAAACAGAAAAAGAAUAUUUCCGAUAUACAACUAACGGCCCAUAAUUUGACAUUUCUCUUUGAUGGUUUCGAAACAUCUGCUACUUUGAUCAGCCAUUGUUUAUUGUUGCUGGCGCGUUAUCCUUUAGCCCAGCAAAAGUUAAGGCAGGAAAUACAACAACACCUUACCGUUAACUCCACCUUAAAUUUUGAUGAUUUAAUAAAGCUUCCCUAUUUGGAACAAUGUGUAGCAGAAACUUUACGUAUAUUUACUCCUUUACCUUUUAUGGCCAAAGUCUGCACACAACCUUGUGAAUUUAGCAACAAUGAUGGUGUUUCCCUUCAAAUACAACCUGGAGAUAUUUGUCUCAUUUCCCUGCACUCUAUGCAUCAUGACGAAGAGUUUUUCCCCCAACCGGAGGAGUUUAGGCCAGAACGUUUUGCCGAAGAGAAUGGUGGCACCAAGAAGUACAAAGACAUGGGUGUAUAUUUGCCAUUUGGCGAUGGUCCAAGGAUAUGUUUAGGUAUGAAGUUUGCUUUAACCCAAGCCAAAGCAGCCAUUGUGGAGGUAAUUAAACAUUUUGAAUUAACGGUUAAUGAAAGAACGCGUCAGGAUAAUUAUCAGUCUGCUGAUUCCUUUAUGAGUGGCUUAGAUGGUGGCAUUUACUUGGAUAUAAAGGAGUUAUAAAAUAACAAAACGAUGGUAAAAAGUUUAAUUAAAUGAAUCUUAUAAAGAAUAAAGUAGAAAAGAAAAAUAUAAUGACAAAAAUGC